AUGAAAUUCACAGCUAGUCCAGUAUGCUACCACCUAGCAUGCACCAAGAGGAUUACAGGGUUCAUUUCUAUAAUUUAAUGUCAACCAUCAUGUCUGUUCUCUCCAUAGAGCUGCAUGGACCCUUCAUUACUAUCAGCAGAUCAAACUCUCCUCCAGGGUCGGUUGUGACCUGUUCAGCCACAAGUCGACCUGUUCCCAUGGUAACACUGACUGUUUCCGAUCAGAACCUCAGCUUCUCCCACUGCAACACCAGCAGAGAGACCAACACCAACGGUACCGUCACCGUCACCACUUCAGCUCUGCUGUCAGCUGUCAGCAGCACACAGGUUGGAUGUUUAGUAUCUGUGGACUCUGCUGCUCCCAGAGAGCUGCUGGUCACCGUUCCUGAUUUCAAAGAUUCAUCUGAUGAAGGUUUGAAUAAACAAUUGGAAUCAGAUUUCAGAGGUUUCAGAUGGCCUCUGAUUGUUGUAUUCCUGGGGUUCCUGAUCUGUAUUUGUGUUUUACAAUUCAGAAGAAUAUCUCAGAACAGGAAUAGGAAACGUUCAGAGAACCCCACUGGCAAUCAAAAUUUGGACGACUCACCAGUGUCGAACAAAGACGUCAGACUACGAACAUCUGAGAGGCAGAGACAAAACAGCGAGGAUGAAAAAAGAGUAGAGAAUUAAAACUGUACAUGUGUUAAAUAAACAAAACCCAGAAUAUCAUUGCUGUUCAGGUUAUGUCUCAUAAAUCCCAAAAUAUUUUAACAUAAGGACAAGGUGCAGCGAGCAGUUAAUGUCCAAAAUAUUGAAUACAGACCAGCUCUAACACCUGUAAUCCAUCACCAUGACUACAGAAGCACCUAAUUUGAAUGUUUAAAAGGAGUGUUGGAAUAUUAUAUAUUUUCCAAGCACAUAGUGUGACCAUUUUAAUUGUUACCUUCAGUUAUUACAAAAAUACCAUUCAUGUCAGAAAUAACUUGAAUGAAACUAAUGGUCGCUACAUGAGAUUCUAGUAUUUCUCAAACACACAUGAAUGAGUCAAGGAUUGUUGUUGAUGCCAACAGUAACUCAUCAAUAUCUGAUCAAACUGAUAAGGCAGCUAAACCUCAAGUUAAUUGGACCAAAACCCGUUACGAGAUCAGAUACUCCAACAGUGUUUGCAGUUGCCUGAUUGUUUAGAUGUUAGUGGUUUUUAUUAUUUUUUUAAUUGUGCUUUGUUUGGUUUUUAUAUUUUUUUACUGUGUUUUUAUACCUUUUUUUAACAAAAAAAAGAUCAUUUUACACCUCACAAGAAAAUCUUCAUGGCAAACUAUUGCAGUUUUACUAAUUAGUAGCUGCAAUAAGUUUACAAAAAUAUUUUUGAAAAACUUAAGUAAAAAAAAAAUAGAAUAAAAUCAUCAAGAAGCAUUUAAAUUGGUGCACAUUUUAGAUUUCUGAAUGUAUUUCACACUAAACUUGAAACCAGGAUGUGUUUGUUUUUAUUUUAUCGUGUAAAUAUUGAUGUUAAGGUGUGUUUUCUAUUCUCCUGUAAGAUCAUUAAAAUGACGGUUUGAUUUGGCA